AUGAUGGAGCAACGACGUGUCCAGUCCUUCACUUCGAGCCCAUACCAAUACGUGGUGGACUGUCCUGGAUCACAGGAUCUCUCCAGAAUUGACUCGCAUGAGCCUAUCCCCAUGAAUCAUGGUAACGGAUCGUACGAUGAACGGAUGUCUUUCCAACACCUUGCCCGCGAGACAUCAUCUAUGCGAUCUUUGAGCGCUCCCAUAGACGCCUUCGAUCCAUGGUUACUCGAGGGACCAGCCUGUGGUAGUCCAAUGUCCAGAAGUUCUUCGAUGAGCCAUAACGAGAGCAUUCCCACGCCACCAUACACCGGCAUGCCAAUGUGCGAUACAGUCGAAAGCCCAGCGUUCCAUUAUGUCCACUCCCCAGCCAACCACGAGGCCUGGACAGCAGAGCCAGAACAUGUCUGGAGACCGAGUUACCCUGAUCUUCCUACAUGGGGCUCGCAACAAUUCUCAUUGCCCCACCGCGGUGGUCCAGUCUGCGAGCAACUGUCGCUACAACCGGUUCAGGGAUAUACUCCUCACUCCGGUCCUCCAGUAGCCCCGGCUUAUAUUCCAUACCAGGCGCCGGUUCCCUACUUUGCUGCCAGGGUUGUUAACCCAGAGCCCCUCAAAAAGGAAGUAGCUAGUGACGCAGGAUUCAAUGAUAAAGAGAGCGACUCAGAGUCGGAAGAAUCUGAGAGCGAUGAUGAUGCCUCGUUGCAUGGAUCGUCAUACUCGUCCUUCAGGCGGUCUGGAGCGAAUGCCAACGUUAUGAAGCUCGGGAAAUGGGGCGAGAAUCCUGCUUCGUACCCUCUCCACCACACGCUUGACGUAAGGCACUGGCAAUGUCCUCUAGACGACAAGGAGCAUCCUGGGGUUCCGUGUCCAAAGAGAUUCCAACGACCGGAACACCUUCGACGCCAUGUCAGGACCGUCCAUGGAAACGACAGGUGUCACUUCUGCAAAGUGUGUGUCAAGACCUUCUCGAGGGGCGACAACCUUCGAGAUCAUUACUGGACACAUGUGAACCGUGGAGGCAGGAGUGGGAAAAACCACAAGAUGAGCAUUGCCGAGUUGAAGGCCAUUCUUGGUCCCAAGGAAAGGCCGCUUAUCAGACGUCUCAAGAUGAAGCUGAACCUGCUGAAAGAAAGGAACAUCAGAGCGAAGCUUUGA